AUGCGCGCCACCAGCACAUCCGAUAUCCUGUCGCACUUCACGGCUCACGCCGAUAAUGCCGAGCGUCUGCUCGACACCCUGGCCUCCCACGACAAUCCUGCAGGCCCUGCCCAUGACAUCCGCGAGGACCUCAAGGCCGCCCGCCAGGAGCUUGGCGAGGUCAACCUGAUGAUCGCCAAGCUCACCGCUCUCGUCAAGCAGCAAGCCAACAUCAUCGAUCAGCUUAUGGACCGCAGGCUCGCCGCCACUGCCUCACAGACUGCCAAGGCAGCCAUCCCAGCCGCCGAAAAGCCGCAGCCAGCCAAAACCAUCGAUCCCAUCCAUGACUUGCCCCGGCAAGUCAUGGUCAUCGAUCUGCUCGAGACCCCGCAGCCCCAGCGAGUCGAAGUCGUCCUGCCCACCGAUACCCAAGUCCGCGACACCCUUGGCCGUUCUGUCUACCACAAGCACCUCUUCUCCACCCCCGUCGGCGCCGUGUGCCUGGAGCGCCAACUCAAGCGCCGAGUCGACGACAUGAGUGUCCAGCAGGGCCGCGCAGUCUCCAAGUCACAGUACAUUGACCUGCUGCUUUCGCACGUCACCGAAUGGCGGAAGUCUGGCACACCCCAGUGGAUGUCGGAGCUCAAGCUGAAACGCCGCGGCCACUCGGGCAGCCAGCCAUGCUCCGUCCUCGACUUUUUGGAGUACCUCUUCCACACCAUCCAGGACGACGUUGCUCAGGAUGUUCUGGCCUCCAACUCGACGCUUGUGAGCGGCUCGAUAGAAUCGAUUGUCAAUGUCAAAGAGUCCAUCUACGGCAACAUCCCGAGCACCCCGCUUGACGCUGUUGCGCCAUCGGUUUCGACCAACGAUUCGGAGGAUCUAUGGGGAUACUGA